GUCUAAUUACACGGUGGGUUUUUUACAGCCCCUUCCUAGGCUGGGGAUUUCCUGCCGUUAAACCACCCCCCCCAGGACUUUUGUGCUCAAAGCCUGGGACCCAAACCUAUCAUUUGCGGAGGAUAAACAUCCUGGUUUGGAGCUCACGAAGGUGAGGCUCUGCACCGUUGAGAAGAGUCUCUGGGUCCCGGAAGGGGGCACUUGCUUGGAGCUGCUGGGCCCAGGACCAGAGGAGGCUGCUUCACCUGGCUCCAAGCACAGAAGUGCCCCAUGGCUGCCCUGCUGCCCCUUGCCCUGCUGCUCCCCAGCUGCGCCUGGGCCCUGGCCGCCCCGUUCCCCUUCCCCGCGGGCUCCCGGCGCAGCAGCUGCAAGCCGAUCCCCCGCAGCAUGGCACUGUGCCACGGCGUGGGCUACACCGAGAUGCGGCUCCCCAACCUGCUGGGCCACGACAGCAUGAAGGAAGCCCUGCAGCAGGCGUCCUCGUGGGCACCGCUGCUCUCCAAGAACUGUCACGGGGACGCCAAGAAGUUCCUGUGCUCCCUCUUUGCUCCCGUCUGCCUCAGCGAGCUCGGGGAGCCCGUCUCGCCCUGCCGGGCUCUCUGCGAGGAGGUGCGGGACGGCUGCGCCCCAGUCAUGGCCGCCUUCGGCUUCCCUUGGCCCGACAUGUUCAACUGCAGCCGGUUCCCGCAGGGCGACGAGCUGUGCGUGCCGCCCGCCAGCCCCGGGGACAGACCCUCGCUGCUGAAGGAAGAUGCUGUCUGCACAGCCUGUGUCAGCUUCGGGCAAAAUGAGAAGGAGUUUCUGGAAAACUUCUGCAGUCAAGACUUUGCCUUGCGAAUGAGCAUCAAAGCCCUGUCCUAUGUGGACGGGGACCUCAAAGUCAUCCCCGAGCUGAAGAGCCGGACCCUCUACAAGCAGAAGGGCUGGUCGGAAGAGGAGCUGAGGCAGCCCAUGCUGUGGCUGACAGACGGGGAGGCCUGCACCUGCGAGGAGCUCCGCGGCCCAGGCGGCGUGCUGCUGGCCAUGGGGCACAGGGUGGCCGACCGCCUGGUCCUGUCCUGGGUGCGGCGGUGGCAGCGGGGGGACAAGGAGCUGAAGAGGUUGAGCCGGGCAGUGAGGAAGCUGCAGUGCUAGAGAGCAGAACGGGUUAGACGUAGCCAGGCCGUACCUGCAGAAACAGGCCCCCAGCCCCCGGCUAGCCUGACAGCCACAUGGGUCCGGGAUCUCGGCCUGCUGCCCUGCCACCGGUUCCUCAUUCCUGCUUCCUGCCCGCUGACUCCUUGCUCCUGCCCCCAUGCUCCUGGCUCCAGUCUGGACCCACUGCUUCCCCCUCCUGGCCGUGCCUGCUCCUGAUGCCGUGGCUUGCAGCUUGAGUGUUAAGCCUGAUCGCCCACAUCUCAGCUGUCCCCGGACAGCUGCAUUCAUGCACCCCAAAAGAGACACCUGCCCAGGAGACGAGGAGGGGAUGGGUGUUGUGGGGGCUCUGGGAUGCAUGGUUGCGUCGCUUUGUCCCCCUCUGGAAAUGGCCUGUCUCCCUGCUCCCUCCAGCCCCGGCGAGGAAAUCUGAGGCUGGUUCUGCAUGCAUGCAUCCUGAGACCACGUGUGCAGCAGCGGUCGCACCACGUGCACACAUCUGUGCAUGGAGUAGCACAUUAGUGUCCCUGAGGAUGUGGGGGGUGCUGGGGACAGGGAGUUUGGGGAGGAGUCUGGCCUGUUGCCUGGGCUGGCAUUACGGUCCAACUCUGGAGCCCAUCCUGCUGAUAGCUUGGCUCCGUGGAGAGACCUGCAGGCAUCGCUGAACCGGAGAACUUGCUUCAAUAAAAAUCUCCUGCUCGUUGUUCUGCCUCCCUGUCACUUCUUGGCACACACACGGCCAGGAACACGCUCAAAGGGAAAGACUAAUAAAAAGUCUAAUAAAAGAUAUCAGGUUUACCCAAAGAGCCUUGUCUGCCUAUGUCCUUACACCAACAUGGCUACAGCCAACACCCCUAAGGGAAAGGACUCUUAGGAGGCAUCGGUCCCUUUCUCUCCUGGUGUGAGACAACCAGCCAUGCAAACAUCCCCGUGAAUCAUUUCCUGGCUCUGCAUCCCAAGGGACCUUCCUGCAAGGAGACGCUUUCCAGAGAAACAGAGCUCAGUUGGGCCAUUCUCAUCCCCUGGAGACAGCAGGUGAUGGCCAGUGGGUCCCUUGCAGCCCUGCCUCCCUGGUACAAAACCCCUUGCUGUGCCAAUCAGCAACCAGAUAUAGGGAUGGGGUUUGUGUAUAACUAAAUGCACUGCCCCUGCCUCCCCACAGUCCUGGCACGACCGAAGGCAGAGGGAAGACACAGAGAAAAAUCAUAACAUUAAGGCAACUUAAAGAUUCAAUGUUCUGCAUCAAGUCUGGAGGGUACCCAUAGCUCUGCCCUCUUUGUCUUUCGGUACGGCUAAACUGUGCUUCGGUCAGCUACGCUUUUGGCUCCUGGGCAGAGUUUGACAACUCCACCCCGUGGUGCAGCUCUCGUGCACGUCCCAGGCUUUCCAGG